AUGGUCAACCGAAUGAGACCUACACUCGAUGAGUGUACCGACAACCUUUACGCUAUUGCAGCACGCAUCCCACAGGAUUCUGCACUUGCCCGACACAUACUGUGGGUUUCAUACCGGGUCAAGAAAGCUAUAGACGACAAGAAGCCGCGUUCUCAGGCUCCUUUCGUUAAGUCUAUCCGCUCUAUCCCCAGUAGAUCGCAAGGUCUCAAGUCGUCAGAUAUCGGCGACUACAUCGCAGCGCUCGUAUACGGCGACGACCGCAUCCAACAGGACUGUCGCCGCAUCAUUGACGGGUACAAUGACCCUCGCUUCAAAAUUCCGGACACACCCUGCGAGAACCCAGUCACUUUUAAUAUCAUCAAUCCGCCUCGUCUAGAUGGUCUCCCCCGAGAGAGAGUGGCCGACCCCCGGGCUCCAGUAAGCCUACCGCAAGGUCCUGAUCUGGCUGAGGCUGACGUUCAGCAAGCCAUCCGGGAAGCCGCCUUAACCGACCGACGCCUUUUCGGUGCCAACGGUGAUUUCGACGUCACAGUUCCUCUGCUCCGAUACUUGCACGACAUCUCCGUGGGUAUCACCUCUCCGAUCGAAUCCAUCUCAGCCGCAGCGGCUUGGCCCAAGGACUCCAUUCGAUCUUGA